AAAUCACAUGUCCCCGUCCUGAAACUGUACUCUUCUUACACGAGUUUUCUUUAUACAGGGCAGAACAAGGAAAGAUAGCUGACUUGAUAAAAUCACAUGUCCCCGUCCUGAAACUGUACUCUUCUUACAUGAGUGAUUUCAAGAGUAUGGUUGACAUUUUAGAAGAAAGUAAAACGAAGUAUCCUGUGUUCCAACAUUUGGUGCGGGACUUUGAGGCACUUCCUCGGUGUAAGGGUUUGUCGUUAAACCACUUCAUGUUAAGACCAAUUCAAAGGAUUCCACAGUACAGACUAUUUCUUGAGCGAUACCUGAAAUAUCUCCCUCAAGAAACCGCCGAGUUCCAGGAUGCGAGUAAAGCUUUGGACAUCAUAACGCAGGUUAAUGAACAAUCCAAUGAAUGCUUGAGACGUGGGGAUAAUUUUUCCAAGUUGCUUUCCAUCCAAAAUAGUAUUUUUGGAAAUUUUGAAAUUGUCAAACCAGGAAGGGUUUUUCUUAAAGAGGGUGAAUUAAUGAAACUUUCGAGAAAAGAAUUGCAGCCCCGAUGGUUUAUUUUGUUUAAUGACUGCUUACUGUGCACAACACCUGUCCAGAGGAAUCUCCUCAUAGUUCAUCAUGAACUUCCUCUGACUGGUAUGAAAGUAUCCAUCCCUCAACAACAAGAAUAUCAGAAUGAGUUCAGUAUCAUCAGUGUACAACGCUCAUACACAGUGGCUGCAAGGUAGUUUAGACAUCUAGCAAGUGAUAAAUAUA